AUGUCUCGCUCUACUACCCCCCUAACUCUGUCCGCCAUCGUUGCGCGAGGCGGGACCUCGAAAGGUUUGUUUUUUGAGGGAAGUGCCUUGUGCCGGGAGCUCAGGUUUCCUGCUGGCUGCACUGUUUCCCAGUUAUUUGAUGAGAAGAAGAAGUCUGAGACUGAGAGCCAUAUUUCGCUCUCGGAAAAAGCGACACUCCGACAGAAGCUGACCCGCUCACUGCUGCGCGUUGUGCUCAAUAAAGAGGGCCUGCCGGAUCCGUCAGGCGCUCAAAUAGACGGAAUGGGAGGAGCGACCAGCUCUACCAGCAAGGUGGUCAUUUUAGAGAAACGUGCGUCUCCUGCCGCUUCCAAUAGGAGCGGUGAUGUGGAAAAAGUUGUCAUCAAUUACAUUUUCGGCCAAGUUGCCACGAAGACGCCGGAGAUAGACUGGAGCACUGCCUGCGGCAAUUUGGCCAGUGCAGUGGGGGUCGUCGCCGAAUUCUUUGGUCUGGUGAAGAGUAGCAGUACAACUCCACCCACCUCUGAAGAAGAAAAGCACGGCCCGGCCGCGCCGAACCCCCUCUCAGUUUGGCAAGUGAAUAAAGGAUACCCGCUUGAAAUUCAGCCGUUGCCACCGGACCACCCCAUUGAGAUUGCGGGUGUGCCAGGCUUCGCGCCCGGAUGCGUCGUCAACUUCAUACUUGGAAAAAAGCAGGAACCGUUGUUGCCAUUAGGGGCAAGCACGGAAAUAGAGAUUUCGACGAGAACUGAAGAUUCUGCGGAGGAUACAAUUCAACCGCCUGGCAUGAAGAUGAGCGAACUUGCAGCUGCAUCUGUCCGCUCUAUUCCCGUUACCGUUGUAGACGGCGCCGUGAUCUCCGUGUUCUGUGCCGCGCGCGAUCUUGGACUGGAGUUACCUGGAGACUCAAAUUUUGUCGCGGACCUGCAAGCGUACACUGCAGCGCAGACUGCGAGAGCAACGCUGCUUGUUGAUCGCGUUCGCCGAGCGGUCGCGGAGAAGUGUGGCGUGGCAGACUGGGGCGCCAGCGCAGCUCGGGUAGUGUGGGUCGGGCGAAACGAUGAAAGUGGACAACUCAGAGCCUGCGUUUCGGCGCCCGGAAGGCCGCGGCAUCACGCAUUCACCGGAACGGGCGCGGUCAACCUCGCAAUCGCCGCGGCUAUACCGGGAACGGUGGUCGCUGACGAACUGGGCGGAGGGGGUCACCACACAGCGAGCGGUGCCCAGCUGCGGUUCGUGCAUCCCGCUGGCCCCAUGGAUGUCACCAGUAGUGUGCGAUUCAAUGACGCGCGUGACGCAUGGGAAGCAGAGUCUGCCGGGCUCGUGCGCUCAGCGAGGGUGCUCAUGAAGGGAGAAGUUUUCCUGGAAGGGGACUAGGUGGCAGAGUAGAGGGCUAGAGCAGAUUUUCAUCGUUGGAAGCAGGGGUGUCAAGGCCGCAACAGAUGUUUACCGCGUUGCACUAGCCGCUGAAUAGAAUGGCAAGAU